CGACACGUACCGUAUUCAUAAUUAACCGGCAAAUGGCGGUCACCUUCUUCCCAAAAAUUCCAAGCUGUUAUCCAAAUUAUUAACCCAAAAAUCCAUUUACAUUUCACACUUGAAAAGAAACACACACCCCCAAUAUACAAUACUCCCCCCACCAUUUCCUCCCUAGUUUUGUUCAAUAAAAAAGGAAAUAGAAUAUGUGAAUAGUUUUAUGGAGAAGAAGAACGAGAAUAAUCCCAUGGCGAAUAUGAGAUUUCCCGAUGAGAUUCCGUCAGCCUUUGGUGGUGGUGGUGGUGGGAGCAUCUUUGACAUGGCGGGAACAUCAUGUGAAGGCAGUGGUGGAGAUAAGUGGGGGUCAUUGGGUUUCAUGGAUUUGCUUGGUAUCCAUCAAGAUUUUGUUGCUCCUUCUUUAUUCGAUUCUUUUCAGCCUUCGAUUCUUCCACCAUCCUCACCUCCAUUACCAGUGUUUCACCACCAUGAUGAUGAUAUAUUACACGAACUCCACACUGACUCUAAGCAGCAGCACCUCAAUCAUCAGGCUGGUCUUUUGUCGCCGGCUUCCACCGUGCCGGAAUCUUCCGAGGUCUUGAACAACCCCGCGACGCCAAACUCUUCUUCCAUCUCUUCUUCUUCCAAUGAAUUAGCUGCAAAUGAUGAGCAAACCAAAGCUGGGGAUGAUGAGGACAAGACAAAGAAACCGUUGAAACCCAAAAAGAAGAAUCCAAAAAGGCAAAGGGAACCCAGAUUUGCCUUCAUGACCAAGAGUGAUAUUGAUCACUUAGAUGAUGGCUAUAGAUGGAGAAAAUAUGGGCAAAAAGCUGUGAAAAACAGCCCUUAUCCGAGGAGCUAUUAUCGUUGCACUACGGCAGGAUGUGGGGUGAAGAAGAGAGUCGAGAGAUCGUCCGACGAUCCGACCAUCGUCGUCACGACGUACGAAGGCCAGCAUACGCAUCCAUGUCCAAUAAUGCCUCGAGGGGCAAUCGGAAUAGCACCGGAUUCCUCCGCUUUCGGUGCUCCAUCUUUCAUUAUUCCUCAACCUAUGUACUUAAACCAUCAACAGCAGCAGCAGCAACAACAAUUACAACCCUAUAUAUAUAACUCAACUCCUUCUUUGAACAUCACCACAGCUAGCUCAAACAUAAUCCAUCCCUCGUUCCCUGGUUUUCUUCAAGAGAAACCACGAUUCAGUAACCCAAAUCCUUCAGCUUUAUCACAUAGAGACCAUGGGCUUCUUCAGGAUAUUGUUCCCACACCGAUGAGGACAGAAGCAAAGGAAGAAGAUCAGUAGGAAAAAAAAUGGGUUUUUAAUUAUGUGUUUACUACUGGUAUGUCGUUUUUCUAACCAACUCAUCAUCAAGAAAGAACCCCACUUUUCACCAUUUUUAUGUUGCUUAAUUAUAUGUUAAUUAUCUCUGUACAAUUAUUAGAUCACUAGUGCUUUUUAGUAGUAGUUUUUUGUACUAUUAGUUUUUCUUGUGGCUAUUCUUUGUAUUUAGGAAGUAUUCAAUCAUAUGGAGAUAUACUGGGUUCCUUUUA